CCGACGAGCAAGGGCAAAUUCGUUUGAAGUUUUAGGGUUCUUGGGAAUGAAGAAGAAGCCGCCAAGCCCUCCUCCAUUCUCGGAAUCGACGGGUCUGCUGGAGCUUGUGACGCCGCCCAAGCCGCAUUUAGUCGAUCGGCGCCUGGAUGCGUCGUCUUGCUGCCGGCAGUUGAUGCUGCAAGAAUCUCCUCAACGUGAUGCCGCUGUCGGGAAAGAGAAUCGCUCGGCUCGAAAAUACAAGCAAUCAAAGGCGAUGAAUGCCAAGAACGUUUUGGGGGAACGAAGCGUGAAUCUUGAUCGUGGAGCUGCUCCGGAGCAGAAUGUAGCAGAGCAGGUUGAAAUUUUGGCUGAAAAUCUCAACGAUCAGGAGCCCCGGCUGGCAGACCAGUCAGGACGUGAGAAUCUUGACAGAGGCGGAAGCGCUGAGAAGAUGGAAGAUCAGGCCAAAGAAAGCUUGGUACCUGGUGCAGUGACGGCAUUUGUGAUGGAUCCAGCCGAAAUUCAAGAAGGUGGAGAGGUGAUGGAACUUUCUCCGAAUCUUAGCGACAUAUCCAAGACAAUUCUCGACAUUCUCGAGGACGACAGCACGGAAGUGGAGAAGCCGCCGUAUCAUCCAGUAUCAAACCCAUUUUCACCACGCCCUCGGUUCUUAAGGCUCAAGCGAGGUGGGAAAGCUCAGCAGCCUUACGAUCCCGAGUCCAACCCACUAUCUCCAAGGCCAGAGUUUCUGAGAUACAAUCCUGUCAAGCACCGGGAGUUUGUGCAAGCACACGAGACUGGUCGGGUCGAGAAAGCUUUGGUUUUCUCGGACGUUGGCAGUGACGACGGUCAAGCUCCAGAGUUGCCCGGUUUGAAGCGAAGUGCCUCUUGUCCCGAUCUGACCAUCACAGACGACCAACUUCCACUGCCACCUUUGGGAAAAACUCCGGCUGUUUCGCUCGAAGGAAAGGCACAGGCAGACACGCAGGAAUGCAAUCACAAAAUCCCAGUAGCUUCUGGACAGAGCAUGAUCUUGAGAAGAGCGUUGCUUCUACUGCUGUCUCUCAGCUUUCUUGCGACAGCCUGCGUCGAGCUACGAGGUCGCUCUGGUUUCUUCAGGGACUUGGGACAGAAAAUAGUGUUUCGGACGCCGGAACGGAGAACCUCGGAAGCUGAAGGCUAUCCCGGAAACUGGGGAAUCGUAACCGGUGUGUCCAAUCACUCCCUGCUGAUGGUACCCGAAGUCCGCGAGAGGAUUCUUCUGUCGGUUUAUGGUGAAGAUGGGGAUGAUGCUGUGAUCACUUCAACGACAGAUGAGCUAAGGAACGUGGAAGUUGCGGCAGCCUUGACCGACACAGAGGUUUCGGAAGCAAAUGAGCCAGGAAGUGUCGAGGCGGCAAGCGACGAAGUUGAUAUGGUGGCGGAGCAAAAGAACGCUGAGGCAAAAUUGGCAGAGAGUAGCGGAAAGUGCUCGAGGUUUGAGUGGGAGGAAAGCGUGGCGAAGAUGUGUCUGGAGAAGACCAUCUUUCGGCAUACCCCAGGUGGUGAACUUCCCGUUCCGACAACUACAACGUUUGAAGCAGCGGCUACAGAGAUAGAGGGCUUGGAGGAUGCGGCAUUGCUCGAAUUCUUCAAGAGCAUAGCUGGGGAGCCAGUGGAUCACACAAGAAACUCGAGCACGCCCGGUUUGCUUGGACAACGCUUCGCCAACAUGCUGGGCUCACUGUCGAGAAGCUUGAGGACUUCACUGUGGAGCAAGCUAGCAGUUGAAAGCUUAUCGGUGCUCGGUGUUGCCGCCACGGCUAUCAUCUGGCUGAGGAAGAGACGACGGGCAGGCGUAGCGCGCGCCUCAGCAGCAGCACCACUGGCAACAUUUUCUCGUCGCGGAAAAACGCAAAGCGCUGCAACUCGAGAGACGAUGACCACCACCAGCAGUGAAGAGAGCGGAUCGGGCAGCACCAGCACAAACGAAGGCUACGGUAGCUUCACUGCGAUGGAACCACUGGAUUCGCGGGGAGAGAUCAAAAUCACGCCGGUGAGAAGGUCUAGUAGGAUACGAGGCCGUGGUACUCAGUCACCGAUGCUCAGAGCGUAAAUCUCCAGAGAACCUUUGGAUGAAUUGAAAGAAAUAAUCGAACGAAGAAGAGAAUAUACCCAAAUUAUUUUAAA